AUGUCCUCUAGCCGUGUGAUUCAGGACUCCGACGAUGAAGACGAUCCUUUGGCGGGGCCCAUCUCCCCCGACCCAGAGUCGAUAACACAGAUCUUGACAUCCGGGUGGGGAUACGCCAAGUCCACGAUGAUUCAACCACUGACAAACAAUCCCACAUUCAUAGGGUCAAUGAUGACGGAGAUCGGAAUUGCACAGCAACGACUAUUUGACGAUGAUGAAGCACACUAUACAGAACAAUCUGGGUAUCAGUACACCGGUGACAUGGACACCGCGCAAGCGGAAUCGGCAGCUGUUCAGGAACAAAUUGCUGCAGAAUUGCCCCCGCAUGACGAUAUCGCCUUAGUUCCUAAUGAGCAUCCUCAUGGCUACUCGGAACAACCGCCCCUAUAUAAUGAAACGCAGCCUGAUAUAUCCGACACUCUGCCUUACGGGACGGGACAGCACCCGCUUGACGCAGCAAACCUAUAUACCCACCAGCCAACCGCGCAGUCCAAUGAUUAUACGAGCUUCAACUACUCGGUUACGACAGGCGCAUCCUACAACAUGUUCGAAUCGUCUCUUCGCCCGUCCGGCAGCUUUGACCCAGAGACUAACAUCCCUACCCAUCCAACCGGCACCGUCGAUCCCGAGAUCGCGUACAAUUUCCCCCGACGAUCUGACUCCGUCCCACCCGUCCCCUUCUCCCCACACGACACAGAACCAUUCUCCUCCGUGGUAUCCCCCAAAGCCAGCCGAUCGAAAAGCGACAAUGCAGUGCAGCAAUCCCACCAAAGCGUCGAUGCGCUCAACGGGCCGGUAACCAUCGAGAUCCCCGUGGCGGAGAAGAAACAACGAGGCCGCAAGAAGAAACAAACCAUCCCCGAGCAUGACGAAGACGACGAGCUAGCCCAGAUCCAUACCCCUACUAAAAUCCAAGAUGCGACAACCACUAUCACCACCGUCCCGACUACCACUAACACUACCAAUAAUAAACCCGAAAAGCGCAAGCCAGGCAGACCCCCAAAGAACCCCAAACCACCACGCAACGAAGACGACGACCAGCCAGGAUUAAUUUCAAACGACACCACCGCAUUCCCUAUACCUCCAGAUACCACCACCACCACCACCUCAACCGACCCCCUUACAACAACAGAACACCAAACCACUACAACCACCACCGACCCACCCCCACCAAAGAAACAAGCCAAAGAGCCCAAAAAGAAGAAACUCAAACGCGGCAAAACCACCUCCAUAACCCUAACAAAAACAUACGAGUCCGACGUCGAAGACGACGUAAUCUGGGUAGACGAACGACCAGUUCCUACAACGAUCACCCCUCAAACAGAAGCAGAAACACAACAACCCGGCAACAUCCCCGAACAUGAAGAGACCACUCCCACGACCCAUCCUGAGCCCGUACCUGAAUUACAGCCAGCUCCAGCACCAGCACCCAAAAAGCGCGGCCGCAAACGAAAGAACCCCGUCGAAGAACAACCACCCGCCCCCGCGCCCGCACCAGCUAUAGAUCCCCAGCAAUCAUCAGAUAAAGAGAACAAUCCAGUACCUGACCCCAACCUAACACUACAUGACGACGCAAAACCACAGCAGGAACCAAACCACAAACCACCUCAAGAGAAAGAGGCCGAGAAGGAGAAUGAGAACAAGAGCGAGCCCCAACAAGAACAGAAUCCAACACCCUCCACGCCCCUAAAACCUAGUGAAGGGCCAACGAAGCACAGUCCCAUAUCGUCCACGACUAAAGUACCUUACCGGGUUGGGUUGAGUCGGCGAGCGAGAAUUGCGCCGUUGUUGAAGAUUGUGAGACGGUGAUGUGCUAUAUGAGUGAGCAGCUUGUGGUUUGCGAUUGGGGCGGUUUAGUAUCAUUGCCAUCAUUGUGUUUAUCACAAUGAUUUCUGUCUUCUGUGGACGGAGGAGUAGUAGCUUAUUCGGUUGUCACUGGCGCAAUCGUUAUCAGGGCAUGAGCUAUGGACGGCGCGGAGCGCGGUAUACCAUCUGGCGUUGUGGAUUCACCUAUUGAUUGAAGAAUUCAACUUUUAUCUCCAUGCUCAUCGGGUCAUGCGAUGUGAUGCUAUAAUAGGGACA